UGCCGCACAUUAAAGUUCUAUCAGUAAUGGGAAGCCCAGGGCCAACAGAAGUAUCCAAGACCAUAACUCUAGCUAAAGAUGCUACCGAUCUUAACUAAAUUGCGUUCGGCCGACAGUCAAAAAGAUAAGAAAGCCUGUCCAAGAAAAAGGUCCGCCAGAACCCCCAAAAAAAAAAAAAGUACUAGCCUUUAGUCUUUACUGAUAGGGUUUCAAGGUUGCCAAUUUACUAGCGUCUGCUAGAAGACGGAUUUUGGCCGGAGCUCUGGAAGCCGGAACAAUGGAUGAGAAAAAGGUGAAUUGUGAUCUGGGACCCAUAGCAAAUUCCAUUGCUGCUGACGACAAGCAUAAAUUUACGAGCUUGGUUAAAGAACAGCUGAAAAAUAGCAAGAAUGGGAUAUGUUCUGUUAGUCUUGGUGAGAUGCUUUCCAGGAUUUGUUUGCACCGGUCAACUGAUUGUGCUAGUGCUCUCCUUGCAGGAGAGACUGGACUCAAAGUAGAUAUUAAUGCAGCACUUAUUCGUGGAGGAUACCCGUUGCACCUUGCUGCUCAUCAUCUGUCAUUUGAGCUAGCAAAGCUGUUUCUUGAACAUGGAGCUCGGACAAAUGUAGUUGCUGAUGAUAAGCUUCCUUUGCAAGUUGCACUUGAUGCAAUAAGCCAUCAUGACUUUAUUGCUGAUUGGACCCCAGAAAAAUCUGUCUUUAAGUUGAUUUAUAUGCUAUGCCUACCAUCUUUGCGUAAACCACUGGAGGUGGUAAAGUUGCUCUCCGCUGGCAUUGACUCUAAAGAUGUUGAGAAAGUAGGCAGCUACUGCGUUGAAGAAGGGAAACUUAUUCAACUGGCUGCUUU